AUGGAAGAUUUGGACCAGGCUACUUUGGCCAGGCUGGCUGCAUUCCUUUACUUGAAUGAAGUGCCAAAGCUCAGGCUCCUUUCGAAAGGACUCAAUGAGCGUCUUUUCGCCGUCGAUGCAUUUCGGCGGCUUAUGCGAGAGCCGCGAGUCCUGAUUUUCCCGGCGGACUGGGGACGAGAGAGACUGGAGAGCGCGGAGCUGCAUGAGAAGCGCGUCGCGAGUAGUGUAGAACCAGAAGGCUCUCAAAGGCACAGUGGUACGGUUACAAAGUCGCCGGAGAUCCAGGGUGACGUGGCUGCAUUCAGGCUUCCUUCCGAGGAUCAUUCCGCGGGCUCGGCGCGCCAAGGCCCGCUCGCAGAUUUCAACUUCCUUCGGACACUGGUUAGCCUACCCCCGCCGUCGCGUCUGUUGCAUUUGACUCUGCACAUCCCAGCCAAACUGAAAACUGUGACGCGUUCCUGGCUUCGCACCUAUCAUCAGCUUCUGUGCGUCGCGGCCCCCCACCUUGAAACUCUUCGCCUGAUUGAGUUGUUUUCAGCUUCUCUGGGAAACGAACUCGUUCGUGUUCGGCAGUCGAACGAUGCAGACGAAGAGGGUGAAGGUUCAGAGGACGAGACGCCAGGUUGUGACCGAGCCGAGACCACUGCGGAGUUGGUUCAAGGGCCCGACACAGGGGGCGAAGACUGCUCACCCGGCAGCAACCGAGACAGUGAUGAACAGGUCGUUCAUUCAGAGUGUACAGCUCGAGACACUUGUACGUCACUGCCUUUCGAUGGUGAUGCGGUGUCUCCCGAUACAUCGUGCUCUGGGCCGACGCCGAACCAACAGAACUCUGUUCCGGAAAGUGGUGCAGUAGCAGCGGACAGUGAGACCUCCCAAGAACAGGCUCAAAGCUGUUCGUGUUGGUGGACGCCUCCUCGGAAGCACGAGGCUCUUCCUCUUCCAGCGUUCCCGCGUCUCCGUUCUCUGACCGUGCUCAACCGGGGAGAGUGGUCCGGCCGCCCGCCUGUGCCGUGUGCCUUUUCCUACCUCUUUUUGGGGGAUUUGCAGGCUUCUGCCGAUGGGUCCGGCUCGUUAUCUGCCUCCCCGGUGUCCACGGCCUCCACGCCAGCGUUUCCGCUCUUGAAGGACAUCCGGUUUUUAGAGUUUACGACUGUAGGUUUGGAGCUGUUCCAGCAGUUCCUGGUGAAACACAAUGUCACUUCGGCGGAGCACCUGGCAAUAGGCACGUGGUCCACGACUACGCUCAACGAGUUCUUGCUCUUUUUGAUUCGCGAGAACGCGAAACCAAAAGAGCGUUUUCGCGAUCUGAAGAGUCUAGAUAUCCACGGAGCUAGAUUCAUAUGGCCGCCGGACGAGUUCUGGUAUUUCUUUUACAGAAGUUGGUGUGACUUCACGCAAAUUUGGAAGGAACACUUUACUCAGCAGAGGUCAGACGCCAACCGGAGAGACGCGAGAAGACGAGCUUUGACUCUGCGCGAUGCCCACUGGACUGCAUGCCCCGCUGACUGGUCUACAUGCCCUCCCCAGUGGGAUGCAUCCAGUGACGCCCUGCUAAUGCGGGUCAACGGUAGGGACCGUGAUAACGGUGGUCAUACUCCAGCGCCGCUGUGCGGGCCUGCAGGCAUGCGAGACGAAGAUUCUGAGGAAGAUGAAGGUGCACUCGACGUCGGAUUGCCUCCCGCUACAGGGGGAGACGGCAGACGAGACCGAGGGAGCAUCAUCCGCAUGCUCAAGAGGCUUCCGUGCCUGCGUCGUGUCCUUUUGUCGGGCUUUGUGGGCAUUUUUGUGGGCGAGGAAGCAGAUGAGGCCAUCCGCUUUUUCGAAGAUAUCUUCCCAGAAGCAGUUGUGGACGUGGAGGGCGAACUUGUCGUGAGCACGAAUUUUCUCCUUGAAAUCGCCGCCCAGGCGACACCGCAUCCUGACUGGGCCUUACGACUGGAGACGUUUAUGGCUCGAAAAAGGGAAAGACGCCGCACGCAAAAUACUGGGGCAACGGAGUCAGUAGGAAGCGAGAGGCUCGUAGAUCUUGACCAAAAUGAUGUUUCUGUGGUCCCCUUGCCAGUCAGUGGCAGUGCCGGCGGCUCGGGUGUCGUCGUUUCUUCAACGCCUGCAGCUCAAGACAGCGAAGGCUUAACCCCGAACGCCACCGAACCAGAGCGCGAUACGGAAAAUGAAGGACAGGGCCGCGAGCAUGAUCAGCACGAUGACCAGGAGUGGGCAGCUGUAGAUGGGGCAUUCGUGUCUGAACGAGGAAAGGAGAAUCUCUCCAGAUGGCUAGCUCUGGGCGUCGUGAAGGACGUUUACGUGGAAAUGAGCCAUACACCGUGUCAAACGGUACACUUGCAAGUCAGUUCCUUUCACCGUCGGUGCGUGGCUACGUACUUCGGGUGUCUGGGACUGCAAACGCCUGUGACGCAGCGCCCUGUAGGGCAGGACUGGGGUCUGCCGUUCCUGUCUGUUCGUCACGUGGUGCAGUGGGGCACGAAGUAUGUUCAAGACUUCUUAGAUAUUGCUACCACCUUCCGGCACGUAAUUCUCAAUUUGGACUACAUCUUCUGGGAAGACCGGGGUGAUGACGAAGAGUCAGGGUCUGUGAAAUCCCUCGCAUCUGAAAAGGGCGAAAUCUCCAAGACAGCAGAGAAGAAUCGUGUGCGUAGCGAGACGCCACGCGAGAGCACAGGCACUCGGGCUCAAGAUGUUCAGGCCGUGACAAACGUAGGUGCCUCAGGCGACCAGGAGUCGCGUGUGAGGCAGCCGGACGACCCUCAGCUUGUGCCAUCUGACCCCCACCAGUGCUGUGGAACUGCUACCCCUGAUGUCGUUGGGGGCAGUAGCAGAAACAGCGACACAGUGGGGGAAAACCUGGUGAGCACGUAUGGAACGCCUUGUCGAGGAGACAGGGACGUAGUUCGUUUAGGCGAAUUCGGUGCUCAUUUUACGAACGUUAUUGGGCUGCUCUUGCCCAUGUACAUGAUGGAUGGUGCAACCUGGUCAGCUGAUGAGAUCGCGCGAAUUGCAGAAAAGUACAGGUACCAAACGCGGGUCUUAUGCGUGAAAAACGCUAUUCCAAUGGUGGGUGAGUACGCAACGGAAGCAGAUCCACUUUCGCUGAUGGCUCGAGAUUUUGACAUUGUGACACGCAUCUGUAGAGAUACGUUGCGCGUAAUUGAUUAUCGAGUUUACAGUUUUUUCUCGUGGGAGGAUGAGCUUGGUCUGGAUGACAAGACUUUGGUUCCUUCGUUUCUAAAAGCGUUUGUAGAAACCCAUCGAGAAUUCACUUUAGCUAAGCGCCUCGAUUUUCCUCCGAUGACCCAGACAAGCGUUCCGACUGUAGGAAAAGAAGCUCUUUGUCAGUUGCGCGUGUACAUAUGGAUUAAGCGAGAGGUGUUGUGA